AUGGUAGAGAGACUCUGUGAAAGCAAAGGAGGUCGACAAUGUGGAGACACUGUCAGCCAGAUUCCACAUCUUAAUCUGAACAAGAAAACUCCUUCUGGAGUAAAGCCAUGUAAAUGUAGUGUGUGUGGAAAAGUCUGUGUGUGUCAUUCAUCCCUUAACAGGCAUGUCACAUCUCACACUGGACACAAACCAUAUGAGUAUCAUGAAUAUGAAGAGAAGCCAUAUAAAUGUAAGGAAUGUGGGAAAGCCUUCAGUUACCGCAAAUCUGUUCACAGGCACGAAAGGACUCACACUGGAGAAAAACCCUAUGAAUGUAAGGAAUGUGGGAAAGCCUUCACAUGGCUGACAACCUAUCGAAGACACAUGAUAACACACACUGGAGAUGGACCUUAUAAAUGUAAAGAAUGUGGGAAAGCCUUUAGUUGUUCCACUUCAUUUCGAACACAUGAAAGAACUCACAGUGGAGAGAAACCCUAUGAAUGUAAACAGUGUGGUAAAUCCCUCAGGUCUCCUCUAGGUUUACAGAUACAUGAAAGAAAUCACACUGGAGAGAAACCGUAUGAAUGUAAACAGUGUGGUAAAGCCCUCAGUUGUCCCAGUUCCUUUCGAAGACAUGAAAGGACUCAUACUGCAGAGAAACAAUAUGCGUGUAAACAAUGUGAGAAAACCUUCAGUUCUCCUCUUGGUUUGCGAAUACAUGAAAGAAUUCACACUGGAGAGAAACCCUAUGAAUGUAAGGAAUGUGGGAAAGCCUUCAUUUCUCUCUCGAGCAUUCGAACACACAUGAUAACGCACACUGGAGAUGGACCUUAUAAGUGUAAGGAAUGUGGUAAAGCAUUCAUCUGUCCCAGUUCAUUUCGCUCACAUGAAAGGACUCACACUGGAGAAAAGCCAUAUGAAUGUAAACAGUGUGGUAAAACCUUCAGUUGGCCCAGUUCCUUUCGAAUACAUGAAAGAACUCAUACUGGAGAGAAACCCUAUGAAUGUACAGAGUGUGGGAAAACCUUCAUUUAUCGCACAACCUUUCAAGGACACAUGAGAAAGCACACUGGAGAGAAACCCUAUAAAUGUAAAGAAUGUGGGAAAGCCUUCAUUUCUCCUUCAAGUGUCCGAACACACAUGAUAAUGCAUACUGGAGAUGGACCUUAUAAAUGUAAGGCAUGUGGGAAAGCCUUUAAUUUUCCCAGUUCAUUUCGAAUACAUGAAAGAACUCACACUGGAGAGAAGCCCUAUGAAUGUAAACAGUGUGGUAGAGCCUUCAGUUGUUACACAUCUUUUCGAACCCAUGAAAAAACUCAUACUGGAGAGAAACCCUAUGAAUGUAAGGAAUGUGGAAAAGCCUUCGUUUAUCGCACUACUUUCCGAGGACACAUGAGAAUGCACACUGGUGAGAAACCAUACAAAUGUAAAGAAUGUGGCAAAGCCUUCAGUCGCCCCAAUUCCUUUCGAAGGCAUGAAAGAUCUCAUACUGAAUAGAAACCUCUUGAAUGUAAGCAGUGUGGGAAAGACGUCAGUUGGCCUUCAUCCUUACAUGUGAAAACUCCCAUUGGAAAGAAAUCUUAUAAAUUUAAGUAUGAGAAAGCCUGAUACAAAUUAAUUCAUGUAUAAAAGAAUCAUAAUAGUUAAAAAUAUAUUGUUUUUAUCAGUGCCUCAUUCUUAAAGUGGAUUUCUGUACUGUGGGUAUUUACUCCUUACUUUCAAAAGUGAACAUUGAGGUGAGAUAAUUCUGUAAGUUCUGUUUAACCAAUAUUAUGUAAGAUUUAUAGGUAUUGUUUUCUCAUUGAAUCAGUUAAUAACAUUUUUUUCUUUGCAUUUGGAACCUGUUUGAUCCAUGGGAGAGUUGAGG